UUUUUAACCAUCUCUGUAUUUUGUUGUUUAUCAGUGGGUGCAUUAUAGUCUUCAGAUAGUAAUUACUUUUGUAGAAAAUGGAUAAGAAAGAUCAGAACGAGGCAACUAACAACAUGCCCGAUAAAAUUAUGUCGAAGAACGCCAGCACAAACUCACUGGAUACCGAUUCUAAGUCCAGCUCAAUUGGUUCCAAGCACGGCAACGAAGCGGGUUCAUCGAAAGACACACCCUUUACCUAUUUAGAGGGCGAAGAAGAUCAAGACCAGAAAAAUGAUGUUACCUAUGUGUGCCCAUAUCGGGGACCAGCUUAUGGGGCGUUGACCAUAACUAAUUAUCGUUUGUAUUUUCGUUCCUUACCCUUAAGGGACCAUGAGCCGCCAGUGGUGGUGGAUGUGCCUUUGGGUGUGAUUGCUCGCGUUGAAAAGAUAGGAGGCGCUUCAUCGCGAGGCGAAAAUUCCUAUGGCAUUGAAAUAUUCUGCAAGGAUAUGCGUAAUUUACGUUUCGCCCAUAAGCAGCAAAAUCAUUCCAGACGCACAGUAUUCGAGAAGUUGCAAUCGUAUGCAUUUCCUUUGUCCUAUAGUGGUCGGCUGUUUGCCUUUGCCCAUGCUGCUGCUUUGGGUAGUGCACCGGCGGCGGCAGAAAAUGGCUGGGCCGUUUACGAGCCUUUGGCCGAACUAAGACGUUUGGGCGUGCCAAACGAUAUGUGGCGAGUGACUAAGAUCAAUGAAAACUAUAGUGUAUGUGAUAGUUAUCCUGCAGUGUGGGCUGUACCCAAACAAGCCACGGAUGAUUUUCUACGCCGAGUAGCACAAUUCCGGUCUCGCUGUAGAUUGCCGGUACUGUCAUGGAUGCAUCCCAAAUCGCAGGCUUCCAUAACGCGUUGUUCUCAGCCAUUGGUAGGUGUAGGUGGAAAACGAAGCGUUGACGAUGAAAACUAUCUUAAUUGUAUAAUGGAAGCCAAUGCUCAAUCUGACAAGCUGGCAAUAAUGGAUGCACGUCCAAGUGCCAAUGCAAUUGCUAACAAGGCCAAAGGUGGAGGUUUUGAGUCCGAAGAGGCCUAUAAAAAUGUAGAAGUCCAUUUUCUUGAUAUUCACAAUAUUCAUGUCAUGAGGGAAAGCCUGCGUAAGGUGAAAGAGGUUUGUUAUCCCACUAUCGAAGACUCAAAGUGGCUGUCCUCCAUUGACAACAGCUUGUGGCUAAAGCAUAUUAAAUGUAUACUCUAUGGGGCUAAUCGCAUAGUGGACAAGGUCGAAACUAUGAGUACCUCUGUUGUAGUACAUUGUUCCGAUGGUUGGGACCGUACUGCCCAGUUAACUGCCUUAGCAAUGCUUAUGCUGGAUCCGUAUUAUCGCACUCUACGAGGCUUUGAAGUUCUCAUCGAAAAAGAAUGGUUGUCAUUUGGCCACAAAUUUCAACAACGCAUUGGCCAUGGUGACAAUCGCCACUCUGACGCUGAUCGUUCACCUGUCUUCUUGCAGUUUAUUGAUUGUGUCUGGCAGGUUUCCCAACAAUAUCCAAAUGCCUUUGAAUUCAAUGAGCAUUUCCUAAUCACCAUUAUUGAUCACUUGUAUUCGUGUCGUUUUGGAACAUUCCUUUGCAACACCGAAGCUGACAGAGUUCAGGAAGAUCUUAAACACAAGACAAUAUCUCUAUGGACUUUCAUCAAUUCUUCAUUGGAUCAAUAUUUAAAUCCAUUAUAUCCCUCAUUCACACAAGGUGGGCAAUAUGUGCUAAGACCGAUUGCUAGCAUGCGCAUGGUGAAAAUAUGGAAGGGCCUCUAUUGCCGCUGGAAUCCUAGCAUGAGGCCACAGAAUAAAAUCUAUAAUCGAACUCGAGAGGCUCUGGCUAUGCAAGAACAAUUGGUCAAACUGAUAACAGAGAGACGCUUAAAAGCCAAUAUGCGUCAAACAACGCAGGCGACUUCGCGAUUAGCUUCCCCUAUGCAUUAAAUAUUUUGGAAUUCGUUUUAUUGAUGGAGGCAGAGUAUUGCAAAAUAGUUGUAGUAGUCUUUAGUAAUGUAUGAGUUUUAUUUCAUAAUAAUAUUUAAUUUUUUACAUUCAUAUAUAACACAUGUGCAAAAAGCAUUUUAUAAAAUA